UCUCUCUCUCGCGAACUCAGAGGACUUCUUCUUUCGCAGCGACGCUGGAUACACCAAAGGCGCGUAGAGAAAGGGAAUGAUUGAAGAUUCUGCAAAACGUGGGGAAACAGACCUACUUAGGCAAAUAGUGGAAAACGAUCAGUCCAAGAAAAUAAUAGCUUAUGAUCAAGAGUACUAGUUCCUUUUCAAUGACCAAGGGCGAAGUGCAAGUUAAUCUCUUAGUAAAUUCAGCACCUCGGCCUUCCUUUGUUAGAGUUCAGGAGAUGGGUAUGGAAACUACCAAAAAUAACGUGAAAUCGAAUCAAGUGUUGAAAAAGAAAACAAGAAGGAGACGUAGGACGAAGAAAUCAAAUCUACUGCAAGAUAUUAGUCUAUCUGAUAACCUGCGUCAGGAAUAUGGUCAGAGUGACACUAAUCAUAUGCAUAGAUUGUCAACUUUAAGUCUAGUUGAUGAAAGAAGUGAUGAGAUAGUAGUUAUUUCAUCAGGAGCUGUUAAAACUAUGAAUGAAGUGGACCACAGCUCAGGGAUUUCAAAUAGGUCAAUUGUGAGAGCAUCUGUUUGUGAUAUAGAGAAAAAGCUUCUUAUUCUUGAUAUUAAUGGACUACUUGCGGAUAUAGUCUCUCCUCCUCCAAAAGGACUUGCAUCUGACAAACGAAUUGCAGGGAGGGCAAUUUUCAAGAGGCCCUUCUAUCUUGAUUUUCUUAAGUUCUGCUUUGAGCAUUUCGAAGUGGGUGUGUGGUCUUCAAGAUCCAAGAGAAUUGUGGAACGAGUGCUUGAUUAUCUGAUGGGUGAUAUGAAGCACAAGUUGCUGUUUUGUUGGGAUCUAUCCCAUUGCACUGCAACAGGUUUCAGGACUAUAGAAAAUAGGCAUAAGACCUUGGUUUUUAAGGAACUGAGGAGAAUAUGGGAAAAACACGACCCUAGUCUUCCAUGGGAGAAGGGCAUUUAUAAUGAAUCAAAUACAUUGUUGUUGGAUGAUUCCCCCUACAAAGCCUUGCUUAAUCCUGCACAUACUGCAGUCUUUCCUCAUCCAUACACGUUCCAACGAGGGAGCGACACUUCGUUAGGUCCUGGAGGUGAUCUUCGGGUCUAUCUGGAAGGGUUGGCUGCUGCUGAAAAUAUACAGGAGUUUAUAGAGCAAGAGCCAUUUGGCCAAAGUCCUAUUAAUGAAAGUAGUGCAUCUUGGCCCUUCUACCUCAGGGUUCUUAGUACGGUGUAUUCUGUAGAUACCACCAACGUGAACAACAUGACCUGUAAUUCUUCCGUUCUGCGUUAGGUAUGAGUUUUGCAUAUCUUAUAUUUUGCUCUUGCCAUCCUUCGUGCCUUAUGUGGAGCUUUGCUCUUAUCCCUUAAAGCCGUACUCUUCCAAAGCUUUGUCAAACAACUGGAGCUGGUGACUUGCCAAAACAGCCAUAGGUUAUAGAAAAAUUGACCCCACAAAAACUUGUAAUUGAAGCGUUUAUUGAAACAAACAUUGGAAAUUUACUUUCUGCUCCAUCCAUAUUGGAGAAUCUCUUAUGUCAUCCUUAUUUUUUGGUCAAGGAAUGGAACAGUUGAUUUCAUUUCCGGAUAUCAGAUAUUUAGUGAGCAAA